AACAUCUUCAAUCACCCACCUCUCUCUCUCUCUUUCUCUCUCAGUACUGGUUCAUCUCUUUCCCUCUCAGUACUCGCUCAUUGACAAGGGAAUGGCAAUGGCUUGCACCACAACUGCCGCCCUGCUCUCUUUGUGUUCGCUCUUCGUUUCCAUCCUUGCAAAGGAUUACACUGUUGGCGACAGCAAUGGCUGGACAUCGGGAGUUGACUACACCCAGUGGACUAGUGGCAAAACCUUGCUUGUUGGCGACAACCUCAUCUUCAACUAUUCCCCAAUGCUCCAUACUGUGAUGGAGGUAUCUUCAGCAGACUACAGUAGUUGCUCCUCGUCAGUCCCUCUAAAUGCUGACACCAGCAGCGGCAGCACCACCAUCGCAUUGACGUCGGCGGGGAGUCACUACUUCAUCUGCGGCACCCCCAGCCAUUGCUCCGGCGGGAUGAAGAUGGCAGUGCUGGUUUCAGCAGCAACCGGUCCAACCACCCCCUCCCAGCUCCCAACUCCCACGACGACCCCCACCACCACCACUCCUUACUCGACGACCCCUUCGUCGAUCGUGCCACCCGGGACGACGACCCCAACCACUUUCCCCUAUGGCAGCUCUGCACCUGCUGGUCUGCUCAGUUUGAGCUCUGCGGUGAUCGGAGGAGCCAUGACCGCUGCUGCUGUGGCGAUUCUUUCAUGAGCUGCCAGGGGAGAGACAGUGCUCUGGUGUCCCUCGUGCGCCUUUCGUCCGAGCUCAUUCUCCCCCUCUUCUGAUGUUGGUCUUUCUUGGUGUAUCUACGUGCUGGACUCCAAUGCGUCUUCCUUACAAAAAGAGGCUUUGAUCAUUGUUCCAAGGUCCUCGUGUAUGAUUUAGAGAGAGUUGUUUAUAUAGUUUUAUGGUUGUAAGUGAUUGUUGUGUAAUUUGAAGAGUAUAGUGAUUCAUUGGCUCA